AUGGAUUCUCAAUCCCGCUCCUCCUCCGUCAUCAUCGUCGGUGCCGGUGUCUCCGGUAUCUCUGCGGCGAAGGUGCUAGUGGAGAACGGCAUAGAGGACCUCGUGAUCCUCGAGGCUUCAGACCGAAUCGGCGGCAGGAUCCGAAAGGAAAACUUCGGCGGCGUGUCCGUCGAGCUCGGAGCCGGUUGGAUCGCCGGAGUCGGCGGCAAAGUGUCCAAUCCUGUUUGGGAACUCGCCGCCGAAUCCGGCCUCCGAACCUGCUUCUCCGACUAUAGCAAUGCGCGAUACAACAUCUACGAUCGCAGUGGGAAGAUAUUUCCGAGUGGAAUCGCUGCCGACUCGUACAAAAAAGCCGUGGACUCGGCGAUUCAAAAUUUGAAGAACCAGGAAGGCAAUAACUCUAAAAUAACCGAACCACCUUCGACGCCAAUAGAGCUGGCCAUUGAUUUCAUCCUCCAUGAUUUUGAAAUGGCAGAGGUGGAGCCAAUAUCUACUUAUACAGACUUUGGCGAGAGGGAGUUUAUGGUUGCGGAUGAAAGAGGGUAUGAUUAUUUGCUAUACAAAAUGGCUGAAGAUUUUCUCUUUACAUCAGAGGGUAAAAUCUUGGAGAGUCGUCUCAAACUUAACCAGGUCGUCCGGGAAUUACAGCAUUCGAGAAGUGGUGUUAAGGUGAUAACAGAGGAUGGUUGCGUUUACGAAGCUAAUUUCGUAAUUCUGUCCGUUAGCAUUGGCGUUCUCCAAAGCGACCUCGUUGCCUUCAAUCCUCCCUUGCCCAGAUGGAAAUUGGAAGCCAUAGCGAAAUGUGAUGUAAUGGUGUACACCAAAAUCUUUCUGAAGUUUCCAUAUUACUUCUGGCCAAGUGGACCCGAAAAGGAAUUUUUUAUAUAUGCUCACGAUCGGAGAGGCUACUACACGUUUUGGCAGCAUAUGGAGAACGCAUACCCUGGCUCCAAUAUCUUGGUCGUGACAUUGACAAAUGAGGAAUCAAAACGUGUGGAAGCUCAAUCUGAUGAAGAAACCUUGAGAGAAGCUAUGGGAGUGCUCAGGGAUAUGUUUGGACCCAACAUACCUGAUGCCAUUGAUAUACUCGUUCCCCGAUGGUGGAAUAACAGAUUCCAACGUGGCAGUUACAGCAACUAUCCUAUUAUCUCCAAUCCCCAAGUAGUUCACGAUAUUAAGGCUCCAGUUGGUCGCAUUUUCUUUACUGGGGAGCACACGAGUGAAAGAUUUAAUGGGUACGUACAUGGUGGAUACCUCGCAGGUAUUGACUCCAGCAAAGCGUUACUAGAAGAAAUGAGAAAGGAGAACGAAAGAAAAAGCGAGAACCAAACUCUAUUGUUACCCUUGCUAGCUUUGACAGGGUCGUUAACAAUGUCACAGUCAGACACGGUCUCGAACCUCCACAAAUGCGAUAUUCCUACAAAAUUAUAUCUCAGUGGCAAGCUUGAGAUGGCAGAGGCCAUAUUAUGA